ACAAACUGGCGAUACAUUGGCCGCCUAUGACAACAGAAGGGGUCCUUUAACUGACAGGCCCCACACGACCGAGGAAAAAUGGCGGCCUCCGUCCUUUGCAGGAGGUUGGCAUUGUCUGGGGUUCUCAGAGGGGUUUCUGUCACGAAAUCCUUAAGUCCUGGUAUAUCACAAUGUGGCUCCUUAUUACAGACUGCAAACUACAACCCAAAGCCUCUAAAAUUAAAUCUUAAUGAUCUUUACAUCCCAGACAAGGGGAGCGAGAAGACUCCAGAAUGGCAAAAGACAACUCGAUAUGACCGCAAGCUGUUCGGACGGUACGGUUCGGCCUCCGGAAUUGAUACAGCAAAAUUAUGGCCUAGGUCGGGUGAGUUGGGAGCGUUGAUUGCUGAGGAGAAAGAAUGGCAUCCGUCACUGGAGGAAAUAUUGGCGAACGUAACCGCAAAGAAAAAUGAGGAGGAGAAGAAACGUCUGAUCAGAGAGAAACGGAUUGCCACUAAUAUGGCAAACAUGCCCAAGAUGGUGGCGGCUUGGCGGCGGGAAAAAAGCGAAGUGAAAGCGAAGAAGAAAGAAGAGAAAGCCCGACGGGACUUGCUGCUCGCUGAGGCCAGAGCGCGUUACGGCUACGCGUUGGACCCGCGUAGUACCAAAUUCAAGGAGAUGCUGAGUGAAAUCGAAAAGGAGGACGCAAAGAAAAGGAAAGUACUAAAACGCAGGAAGAAAGAAGAGCAACGGGCUGCGGCAACCGUUACGGCUGCUCCUACAACCUAGUGUUAAUAUAGAUACGAUUGAGAUGACUUGGGAAGGGUUUUGUAAAAAAAAAAAAAAAAAACCCCAUCAUUGUCAUGUUUCUUUAUAUACAUGUAAUUAAAGUAUACUUCACUUUC